UUUGAUUUCAUCAGGUUCAAUUUCGAAGUCUUUUGCAAGCGCUUUGAAAAAUCUCGCCUAAACCCCGCAUGAGCCAACUUGACGCACUCAAUCGUACGAGAAAUCUAAAAGCAUUCAAUGAAUUUACUCCCACCAUGUCAAGUCUACCAACUCCAACUGAAUUAUCAUCUCUUUGUAAAUGUACUUACUUUUUUAGGUAGAUCCUAUUCGUAAAGCAAACUCUUACAAUUUGAUAACGGAAUGACCUCAUCGUCAUCCAUGCAUCUUAUAUAAAGUGGCCGUGUUCUAAUGGCAAGAUCUUAUAAUGCUGUUGUACUGUAGUUAAUAAUAUAUGCAUUUUAAAUCUAAUUGCCUUAUCUAAAAGUUAAAGCAAAAGCCUUCAUAAUUGACUAUGUGUCCAUAUGCCAUUUUUUUGGAUUAGCGUAUAUAACAUAAUUAUUAUUACCAUGAUCAUUAACUAUCACACUCUCACUUAUGUUUAGGUAGACAAACUGCUAAAAAGACAGAAGAAAUCAUUAAGAGUUCCUUUAUACUUCUUUUCUUCUGGAUUGAAAUCUUGGUAUAAUUAACCUUGCUUCCGGUAUGUCUUACUCAACUCUAAGCCUCAACAAUAUGAGUGAGAGCGAGAAAGAGAUGGAAGAAGGCUCUUUGUUGGUGGAAAAGGCAAGGGAAGAUGAGAGAAGAAAGAUUGGAUUAACGUGGAGCGUAUUCGCAGAAGAAGCAAAGGUUGUUGGUUAUAUUGGUGGUCCAAUGGUAGCUGUUAACUUGUCUAUGUUUCUUUUACAACUUAUCUCCAUGAUGUUUGUGGGUCAUCUUGGCAAACUUUCCCUCUCUAGCGCUGCUCUUGCUACUUCUUUCUGCGGUGUCACUGGCUUUAGUCUUCUUCUGGGAAUGGCAAGUGGACUAGAGACACUGUGCGGACAAGCAUUUGGAGCAGGACAAUAUGGAAAACUAGGAGUGCAAACUUAUAGUGCUAUAUUAUCUCUUACCAUAUUCAUCUGUCUCCCUAUCUCUUUCUUAUGGGUCUCAAUGGGGAAACUACUCACUUACAUUGGUCAAGACCCAUUGGUCUCGGGUGAAGCCGGAAAAUAUGCAGUGUGUUUAAUCCCUGCUCUUUUCGCUUUUGCAAUUCUCGAAUCACUAACGAGAUUUCUUCAGUCCCAGAGUUUGAUGAUUGCCAUGUUCUUGAGUCAAUUUGCUACUUUAUGCGUCCAUGUGCCUUUAUGCUGGGUUUUGGUUUAUAAAUCCGGGUUGGGAAACAUUAGAGCUGCACUGUCAAUCGGUGUGUCAUACUGGCUAAAUGUGAUAUUUCUGGUAAUAUACAUCAAGUAUUCACCGUCGUGUGAACCAACUCGCGCAUCACUUUCAAAAGAGGCAUUUCAAGGGAUUGGAGAGUUCUUGCGCAUUGCGUUUCCUUCUGCUGUAAUGGUUUGUCUUGAAUGGUGGUCAUCAGAAUUGCUUAUCCUUCUAUCUGGGCAUUUACCAAAUCCACAGCUAGAAACUUCAGUCCUCUCCAUAUGCCUCGCAAGCAGCUCAUUGCUCUACAUGAUACCCGAUGGAAUUGCUGCUGCUGUAAGCACUCGAGUGUCAAACGAACUAGGAGCUGGGAGACCGCAAGCUGCACGUUUAGCCGUCAAUGCCGCCAUGAUAAUUACAACAGCUGUGAUGGUUACAGUAAGCUUGACGCUCUACUCUUGUCGUAACAUUCUGGGUUAUGCUUUCACUAAUGAGAGGGAAGUCAUAGAUUACGUGACAGAAAUGAUUCCCCUAAUUUGUUUAACAGUGGUCAUGGACAAUCUACAAGGUGUCCUCUCAGGUGUGGCUAGAGGGUGCGGAUGGCAGGAUAUUGGCGCUUAUGUGAACCUAGGUGCAUACUACCUUGCUGGGGUUCCAUUAGCCAUUUUGUUGGGUUUCCAUCUACAUAUGGCUGGAAAAGGACUUUGGAUUGGAAUUGUAACUGGGUCUACUAUACAAUCAGCUAUGCUUUCUCUGAUAACUUGUCGAACCAACUGGGAAAAACAAGCGAUAAACGCGAGAGAAAGGUUACUGGAAGAGGAAGCAGAAGAAUCUAUAAAGGAAAAUGGAUCAAAUAAAACGUUGAAAGAACUUGAACUGAGAAAAGAAGGGUACAAAGUCAUUGAUCAUGCAGUUUUUGAAGUGGAUUUCAUAUUGAACCGUAACAACUAAGGAUAACUUUCAAAUUUUGUUGGGAAAUGAUUCCAAUAUACUUCGAGAAAGGACAAGGACGCCUAGUGACAUGUUGGUAGAUGUACAUUAUUUGAAGUUAUACAUCGAACCUGCUGAGGAGCAGAUUCAAUGGGGUGGGUCUUCUCAGAGGCAGACGCCUAAGCCUAGAUCCAGCUUAAAAUGAAAAAAACGGUGUUAUUCCGCUUACCGUAGAAUUUCUUUUCGCCGUCUCAUUUGUUUGCAGUGAUUUUAUUUCUUACAGGAUGUUUGAAUACAUCUUAAAAAAUUAGUUUUCGAAAAGAAAAAGUUAAUUUGGCAA